AUGUCGGUUUCACGCAUAAGAUGUACAGGGACGCGGCAAGCCAGUCUCUGGUUUCUCCUUGUUCUUGGCAGUGUUGCAACAAUGGAAGCAUUUGCUCCCGUCGCAAAGAUUUACAGUCCUUCGAUGGCAGCGGCGUCCAAGUCACGGAGACCUAUCUUUCUCCCUCACCCACUGUCCAUGUAUUUGGGAGAGGAGGGGCCUUCCAUGCGAAAUGAGAAUGGAACUCCAAAUCAAAAUCAAAGCGAUGGCGUGAACAACACGACAGAUACUAUUAAAAGCUCUAAUUCGAGCAGCAUUGGCGUUCUAUCAAAUCUACAAAGAGCAAAUGGAAAACCAUAUCCAAAUUCUGGUGGAAACUUUGGCGAUAUCAUGUCUCCAAAGUCAACCGAUGCCAACAUUCUCUUUCGAGAUGGAUUGGUAACUUCGGAAUCCUACUCCUUGGCAGAAGUCUAUGGAAUCAGUCAUCCCAUGGAUAGGAUUGCUGUUACUGCCAAUGGAAAUCUACAGCGCAUCGUUUCUUCCUAUUACGAUGCUCCCGUCGAAGUGACUCUCAAACACUGUAAUCAGAUUGAUGGACUGGAAGGAGGCUGGGAUCGUCGAGUAGACCUAUCCGUCUUUGACCAGGUCUUUUGUCAGGCGGACUCUACGGUACAAGUGCACAAUGCCGAAUGGAGGUCACUGGUCCAAUCCGGAAACAUGGGCUUGGGUCAACUAUUUCGGUAUCAAAAUGUUUUGCCUGAAUUCAUUCUGCAUGCCGCAGGACCUACUGCCGAGGGAGGAUUCUGGAGAAACUACACACUGGAAUGUUCGUCUAUGACUUGUCUGAUACACGAAGAGUUUUGUCCCAACAUUUGGGAUCUUUCACCACCACCAACUGCCAAUGGUGGUGGUGAUGACGAUGCGCCUUGA